AUAAUGCAGAGGUUGAACGUCAAAAGAUUGUCCGUGAACUCUAUCGCCAGAGUCACAUUAACCAAACAUAUGAUUUUGUGAAAAAGAUGAGGGAAGAAUAUGGUAAAAUGAAUAAAGUGGAGAUGAGUAUAUGGGAAUGUUGUGAACUUUUGAAUGAAGUUGUAGAUGAUAGUGAUCCUGAUUUGGAUGAACCACAAAUUGAGCAUUUGUUGCAAACUGCUGAAGCUAUUAGAAAGGAUUAUCCUAAUGAAGAUUGGUUACACUUAACUGGCCUAAUUCAUGAUCUAGGCAAAGUUCUUUUGCUUCCUAGCUUUGGAGGGCUUCCUCAAUGGGCUGUUGUUGGUGACACAUUCCCCCUUGGUUGUGCUUUUGAUGAAUCGAUUGUGCUUCAUGAGCAAUUAAAGGGAAAUCCUGAUAACAACAAUCCAACUUACAACACAAAAUAUGGAGUUUAUUCUGAAGGAUGUGGGCUUAAUAAUGUGGUGAUGUCUUGGGGCCAUGAUGACUAUAUGUACUUGGUGGCUAAGGCAAAUAAAACUACUCUUCCAUCUGCUGCAUUGUUCAUCAUCCGAUAUCAUUCCUUCUAUCCUCUGCAUAAGUCAGGGGCAUAUACUCACUUGAUGAAUGAGGAGGAUCAUGAAAACCUGAAAUGGCUUCAAAUCUUCAGCAAAUAUGAUCUGUAUAGCAAGAGCAAUGUUAGGAUUGAUGUGGAGAAAGUGAAACCUUACUACAUGUCUCUCAUUGAGAAGUAUUUCCCAGCCAAGUUGAAGUGGUGAAAUCUCCCAGACAGGGAAGCUCUGAAACAAGAUGCUUGUGUAU